AUGAUAAUCAGUGAUAAACUUGAGGAUACGGACACCGAGGUGUCGUGUCGCUCCACACCCACGCCGAUACCGCAGUGUAAGAAUUGUCUAACUUCGCAUACGCCUUUGUGGAGGCGGGACAAAGAUGGGUCGAUGCUGUGCAAUGCGUGUGGGCUGUUUCAGAAGAUGCACGGCAGAGCGCGACCCAUCAGCCUGAAGACAGACCAGAUACGCCAUCGCAACCGGAAGAAGAAAGCGAUAAGCGUGAUGAAGAUCAGGCCGGAGCCCUUGCUUCCGCACGGACAGCUGAUCUCGCUGUCUAGCGACAUCAAUUGCAGCACAACGACAACGAUACCGGUGUCGGAUAUACCCUGGAUAUCGAAGGGCGCCCCGAUCAGAAACCCAUCACCGAGACAACGACCACAUCACAACAACCUGCAGGACGAAGAGUUCGUGAUUAAGCUAAAGACCAGAGUUAACGAGCUGGAAUCAAUUACUCGACUAUACAAGAACCAUAUCACUAGACUCGAACAAAGAUGUCAGAUCCUGGAGUCCAAGCUGUACGAAUUGGUAUACCAUUGA